AUAACCGAGCCCGAGCUUUGUCCUCUCUCUCUCUCUCUCUCUCUCUUUCUCUCACUCUCUCUCCGUCUCUCUCUCUCUCUCAGUAUCUCUGCGACUCGCCAGCCGUCUGCCCGUACCUGUGCUUUGCGGUGUAAACAAACGAGUAACAGUGACGAAAGUUCCGGCACAGAGCUUGCGCAGCCGAGAGAGACGAGAUAAAGAGCCAGCAAGCGCGUUGAAAGUGUUGAUCAUGGAGGAGACGGCGCUGCUGCGGGAGCCGCACCAGCAGGUGGCCCGUAGCCGAAGCAGCCAGCAGGUCGACCUGGUGGACGACGAGUGCAGCACCGACAGCGGCUGCUCGAGCGGCGGAAGCACCGGCAGCGCGGAGGUCCUCUCGCGGCGGGGCAGCGCCGAGCGACACUACCACCACCAGCACAGCAGCGCCGGCGGCGGCGGCAGGUCCAGGGGCCGCUCGAGCAGCGGCCAGGAGCGGCUGAAGCAGCGCAAAGCCGCCGCGGCGGCCGGCGUCCUCUUCAAGCCCAAGUCCUCGCGCUCCUGGAGCCCCGAGGAGCAGCGGACCAAGUUCCGGCCGUGCCACUCGAUCCUCAAGUCGCCGAGCCACUCGCAGAGCCCCUCCGACACUCCCAGCAGCGACAGCGACAGCCUCAAGCGCUCCUCGACCGCCAGGAGCUUGCGGAAGGCCUUCCAGAGCUUGAAGAUCUCGACGAGCCCCCUGUCCGCCUCGGAGAAGAGCAACAACGAGAAGAACGGCGCGAAGAAGUGCCAGAAGAGAAUACUCCGGAGCCCGGUGGCCUACACCUACGUGAAGGGCCUCUCAGGUUUGCCCACUCAGCGGAUCCCCAGGAACGCCGUAUAGCUGCCUCUGGCCCUGCGCUCCGGCACCGGACAGUAGGCGAAUUCAAAAAAGACAAAACAAACAAAAUUAAGAACUCUGACAGUGCGCGACGCGCUCGAGAGAAGAACUCACUAUACCGACUCGUUCCCUGCGCGCGAUGUUUUUCACACGUUUUUACGAGAGGGAUACUUGUGGUUUCACGCGGCGGAGGUUACAUGUGCAAUUAGUACAUAGUCGUCGUCCUAUACGAUAAUACUACCUACUACUAAUACUACUACUACUGCUACGAUUACCCCCGAUAGAGCCAACUAGAGCCACAUACUCACGCGUAAACCUUAUUACUCCGUAUAUCCUCUCUCUGCUCUCCCUCUCUCACAUACAUACAGUUAGACACUGUAUCGGAGAGGAGCUGUGUACCACUUUGGGAUCCUGCACUGCAUUAACGUCCAACGUCUAUGCAUCUUAUAUUAUACAUUACUAUUAUUAUAUACGAGGAACAUUCCUAGACCUACCAAUUGUAUAAGCACACAUACUGUAUACUGUAAUAUAUAUAUACACAUAUAACGACCUUAUCAUUUUUGCUACUUUUCUUAAUACUUUUCAAGUAUCUCGUAAUAUAAUAUAAUGGAAAAUAAAGUUAUAAGUAUACAUAAAAGAAAGGACGAGGAUUGUACAAAAUAACGUCCCUUUCGCGGCUCAUUAUUAUCCAUACGCUCGUACACAUUAUAUAUUACAUAUAGACUUUGAAUUUCAAUAAGUACAUUAUACGCAUAAACCCUCAAACGCAUAUAUGUACUCCAUUAUAUUCGAUCGAUCGAUCACUUCUAUAUUAUUAUUAUUAUUGUUAUAUACCUACGAUACAUAAAACUUAUCUAGACAUCAGCAGUGAGAGCGAGUAUAUACCUAUAUAUAAGCAAGGAAAAGUCGCGCUUUCCGGUCGUCUUCCAAAAGAGUCGAGUCGUGUCGCGAGAGAGCCGCUAUGCAGGACAGAAAGAUGCGCAUCGCUCGCGAUUUUCUAUAUUAUAUUAUAUAGUGUGUCACACUAAACAUCUCGGAGAGAGAGGCGGCACAUGCCGUAAAAGCGUGUAGUAGUAACAUAUCACAUUUCGCAGCUGCUGCCGCAUACGCAUUCACACGAGAGCGAAAAGAGCGAGACUACCGGACGAUCGCGUUCUAGUUCGCAUGUAUAACCGUAGCAGUCAAUUACAAUGUCAUUUAAUAUAUACAUUAUAUUAUAUGCCGUACGAUAUAAGACUUUGUUCAUACAAGUGCGACAGUCUGACAUAUAGGCUGAACGCGAGGACACACACUUUUUACCUUAUAGAGAGACAAAACUUGCAUUGUGUAUGGCCGUAUAUUGUGUUAUUAUACAUAUAGUUGAUAGAGUGUAUUUUUUAUCACACACAAGCAUUGUAUAGCCAAGCAUUAGUUUCGUUCUCUACACACUCUUUCUCUCAACCUUUCUCUCUCUCUCUCUCUCUCUCUCUCUCUCUAUCAACCUUUCUCUCUCUCUCUCUCUCUCUCUCUCUCUCUCUCUCUCUCUCUCUCUCUCUCUCUCUGAAUUCGUUCCGAUUGCGCUAACUGCAAUACACACAAUUAUAUUGCGAUAUAUCGAUCAAUGUCUCCUUUACGUAAUAAGUAUCGUGAUUCGUUAAACAUUUAAAACAGUAUACCAUCAGCAGCGUUUCUCAAUUUUUCUUCGAUGUCACUAAGAAAAAUCACUCACUCACUCGCGUGCAGCUGAUAUAUGUAUAUGAUAUUAUGAUACAUUGUAUAGAUGAGCAUCGGGUUGUCCACAGGCUGAUGAUGAGAUUCGAAUCGAGGGACAAACACUAUGUAAGCGCGGCACACGCCUAUAUAUACAUGUAUACUACUCGUGUGAAAUAACAAACAAACAAAAACAAAAAAUUGUCAAUGAUGCCUGCGUCAUCCAACUAUAGUGCCUUUUGUAGCGUUUCCCCUGUGUUCUGUCCCGAUACGUGCAGAAUCACACAAACACUAACACACACUAACACACACUAACACACGAGCCAAAAAAAAACACGCCUCGAGACAUGACGAUUAUAUUAAGGUGCCAUUGAAGCCAUGUACGAAGUGAAUAUUUAACAAAAGUAAUAAAGAAAGCAGACCUCAAAAAAUUUAAGAUAUACACACAUGUACGCUAUAAGACCUUUCGUUAAUGUUGGUUUAUUUUUUUCUAAAUCUCUCUCGAUUAUGUGGAUAUAUCGUGUACCGAUACCGCAUUUACAGCGUGUAGCAAGAUUUGCAAAGAAAGGAAAUUAUUAUUACAAUUAUGAUUGUGUAUAGAGCACAUAUUAUACAUAUAGAGUAACCGUGUCGAGAAAGCCCAAUGUGCAGGCAAAAUGCGCAAAAGUGAAGAUUGAAAAUAACUCAGGUCUGGCCGUUUUGUACAUAUACUAUGUAUACGUAAAACUGUUCUACGAUUGAAAAUAAACGUUUUUCAUGUCAUAACUUAAAUAUA